CGGCUUCUGUCCAUCUCGUCCAGCCUAAUCUCAGCUUUACCGCUUUUCGGACCACAGAACCUGCUGAGAUGGCCGCUGCAGUGUUCGCUCCCUCCGCCUCUCUGGUGUCAGCACCCAAGGCUGUGGUGUCCAGGAAGAGCAUCGCUGGUGCCGCAGUUGUUCCCCGUGCUACCCGCCCAGCCGUGUGCCGCGUGAGCCGGACAGUCAGCGCCAGCGCGCAGAAGCAGACUCUGGCAGUUCCUGCAGCUCUGACCGUUGCCAUGGGUGCUGCUCUCUCAAGCCCUCUGGCUGCCCAGGCCGCUGUGACCCCAUCGUUGAAGAACCUGAUCAACUCCGUGAUUGCUGGAGGCGUGGUGCUGGGAGUGAUUGUGGCUGGUGUCACAGCCGUGUCUGGCUUCGACCCCGUGACCCGCAAGUGAGAGGUCGAGAGUGCCAGCGCGCGCUCUACAGAAUUUGACAGUUGCAUUGCCGAGAAGAUGAUAGACUAUGUGAUGAAGAGAACUCCAAUAGACGUGGAAAUGUUGGGAAGCACGCUCGUGCAUGCGCUUGCAUGAACCUGCAGCUCUUUGGUAGGCACUUGACACAGACUUGCAGUUGCAUAUCGGUCAUGGACCAUUAGUGAUGGGCCAGCUUGGCAUCGCUAGUGCUGUGUUGCUCAGCACGCUGAUAGUGCAAGAACAAAUUGUCAGAGCGCAGCUUGUGCAGUGCAGAGCCUGAAUGUGCUGGGAGCCUGUAAUGCCAAGGUUGUUGGGAU